UUCCAGCAGUUCGCCAGAUAGAAUCAUGUGCCUCAUCCUCCCACUCGACUGCUGCGGUUGCUUUUCCCCGAGGUCCUGCCAAAGGCAAAAACAAGAGCAGCAGGAGCAGCACUUGCAGCACCAGGCGAAGAACUACCACUCGAGUAUCCAGCUGAACGAGCUAUCGUCAGUCUGCCAGGUGACUACCAGCCAGCCAUCGUUGUCCAGUCUGAGUCCUAGUUUAAUGGCCCUGCCCCACACGAUCACACACCACCCAGCCGGUGGAACGCCUGGUGGCUCGCCUCCUUUGACGAGAGGGCAAGAGUCCUAA